UCUGCAACUCAAUUUGAUUUAAAUCAACUCCUAUUUACUCCUUCAAUUAAAAUCUGAGUCGGAUUCACCGACUAAUUCCCACACAUUUCAAUUCACAUCAUAUUUUCUACUCUACACUUGCAACACACACUGCAUCUUCAUCAUCAAAAGUAAGCUCAUGGGGAAGAAGAUGAAGCUUCCUUUUCUCUCCAACAGCAACAGCGUACAAGCAGCGUCCUCAUGGUCAUGGCCUUCCUGUCAGCAGCAGCCCAGAACCCUCUCUUUCAGAGCAGAUGUAAGUGCAACAACACCCCAAUCUGGGUUCUCCACCUCUUCUGAAUCUCCAUCCUGUGGCUGUGGAUAUGAAUAUGGAGGUGAUCCUGUUGAGACUGUCGUUAAAGGUUUAAGGUCUGACAGACUGUUUUUCGAGCCUGGAGAGAGUAGUUCGAUCCUUGAAGUAACAAAGCCCACGAGUGAUGAUGAUGAUGAUGGGUUACCUUUUAAAGGGAGCGAAGUGUUGUCCAUGGAGUCUCGAGAUCCGUUUGUUGAUUUCAGCAAGUGUAUGGAAGAAAUGGUGGAAGAUCAGGGUUUGAAAGAUUGGGAAGGUCUUGAAAAGCUUCUGUGUUGGUAUUUGAAAGCCAAUGGCAAAGGCAACCAUGGGUACAUCGUCGCUGCCUUCGUUGACUUGCUUGUAAAACUUGCCAUUUCUUCUACUGAUAAUUGUAUUCCUUCUUGUUCUAAUCGCUCUCAUUCUCCUUCUUCCCCUUUAUCUUUCUACACUUCUUCUUCGUCAUCUUCUUCGUGUUCAAACUCUGAUGAUAAUUCUUCAACGACGACCCCUUGUGUGUCUUCCUUAUCAGAUCUGAAGGAGAUCAUUGAGGAGGCUAAUAAAAAAGAUGUUUCUUCAUCUUCAUCACUUGAUGUUUGAUUCAAUAUUGAAAUAUUGGUGUAUGUAUAAAUCACUAAUUUUCCGAAAUAAUAGUGAACUUUUUCCCUUUUUUC